ACUAGACGAAAGGCGUUAUAGUGGUUGACCUAGUCCAAGUUAUGCUACAUUCUACAAUGACUCGAUCAUUGAAGUAUAUUUGCGCGGCAAUCACAAUAACCAUUCUGGUGUGGAUUGUGCUGCAACGAGGAAAUUACUCAACCAUCGACAAAAAAACAAACUUAUUAUUCUCAAGUCGUCAAUCUCAAUUUCGAACUCGAAGCAUUCAAGAAAAUACUGAUUUCUGGUUCACUUUUGAGGGAAUUUUAUUAAAAUGGAUGAAUGGUUUAUUACACUGGAUUGAAGACAGUAUAAAUGAAUAUUCAAUUGUGGACGAGGUACACAGACGAAAAAGAAGUUCAGAUAGUUCGGGGGACGGAGAGACAAUAUCUUGCGCUGAUUCUCCGUGUGUACAUGGGAAAUGCAUUGAUAUUGAUAGCGGCUAUCAAUGCAACUGCAGUCCGGGAUGGGUUGGAAGAAAUUGUGACGAAGAAGAUUUCUGCAGCAGCCAACCUUGUCUUCAUAAUGGCGAUUGUGUAUCACAGGAUGGCAGACAAAGAUGCGUCUGCGCCGAUGGGUUUGUUGGAGAUAUUUGUCAAUAUAAUAAAAAUGAAUGCAUAUCAAAUCCUUGCCAGAACAAUGGAAUUUGCAUUGAUGGUGUUAACAGGUUUUAUUGUGACUGCCCGGAUGGCUGGACUGGUGAUGUUUGCAGCGAAGAUAUAAACGAGUGUGAAAGUUCUCCUUGUAUUCCGAACAGAGGAACAUGCGAGACACCGAGAAUAGGAAUGUAUCGAUGUAGAUGCGUACAAGGAUUUUACGGACAACGUUGUGAAAAAGAUAUUGAAGAAUGUAUCUCAUUUCCGUGCUUAAAUGGAGGAAAUUGCAUUGAUUGGAGAAAUAAAUAUUAUUGUAAAUGUGCAAUCGGCUUCUCUGGCACUAAUUGUGAAAUAGAAACAGACGAAUGUGAAUCACAACCUUGUCAAAACGGUGCUCUAUGUCGGGAUGAAGUCAAUAGAUUUUCUUGUGAAUGCACCAAAGGAUUCCGUGGAAUUUUAUGCGAGGAAAAUAUAAAUGAAUGUAACGGCACAAAUCCUUGUCAAAACGAAGGGAAAUGUAUCGAUGAAUCUCCGUUAUUCAAAUGCGAAUGCGGUCAAGGAUUUAUUGGAAAGUUAUGUGAAGUUGAUGUGAAUGAAUGCAUAAGCGGACCUUGCGUUAACGGAGGUUCGUGUUCUCAACCCAAACCAGGUGAAUACAGAUGUCACUGCACGAAAGGUUAUACUGGCACAAACUGCGAAACGGAUAUAAACGAGUGUGCUAAUAACCCUUGCAAGAACAAAGGGACUUGUAAAAAUGAAAUCGGUCGUGCAACCUGCGAGUGUCCACCGGGAUUCGGUGGCGAUUUCUGCCAAUCCAAUCUAGAUGAAUGUGCAUCUAAGCCUUGUCAGAACGGUGGAACUUGUGUUGAUAUGGAGGCAGAAUUUACUUGUUUUUGCAAAGAUGGAUAUUCCGGAGAUCUCUGUCAGCUAGAUAUAAACGAAUGUAACAGUUAUCCUUGUAAGAACGGGGGAAAUUGUGUCAACAAAGUGAACGAAUAUUCCUGCAUUUGUCCAUCGGGGUACAUUGGAGAUACUUGUGAAGUAAACGUUAAUGAAUGCACAAGUCAGCCUUGCAAGAAUGCAGGAACAUGUGUUGACGGAAUCGCUUCGUUUUCUUGUGUAUGUGCUGCUGGUUUUGUAGGAAAUACUUGUGAAAUUGAAGUCAAUGAAUGCCAGAGUUCACCCUGUAUGAAUGGUGGUACAUGCCAAGAUCAUUCACAAAGAUAUUCAUGCUCAUGUCUUUCUGGAUAUGAAGGAACAAGAUGCGAACAGAAUGUAAACGAAUGUGGAAGUAUACCUUGUCAAAAUGGAGGAAGAUGUGUUGAUUUGAUUAAUAAAUAUAUUUGUGAAUGCAUAGCUGGAUUUCAAGGACUCAAUUGUGAAGUCGAUGUGAACGAAUGCGAUUCUAAUCCAUGCUUAAAUAAAGGAACAUGUGAAAGUGGUGUUAAUUCAUAUAGGUGCCAUUGCCCGCCAUCACAUACUGGAAAUUUAUGUCAGAAUCAAGUACAACUUUGUUCAAUCGAUAUUUGUAAGAAUGGUGGGAAAUGCAGUGAAGACGGGAAUAAAAUUGAAUGUGAAUGCGCUGUGGGUUUCUCUGGAGAAAGGUGUCAAAUCAAUAUAGACGACUGCGCAGUUUCAGUUUGUGAGAACGGCGGUAUUUGCAUGGAUGGACUUAAUACUUUUACUUGUAUAUGUCGACAAGGCUAUUUAGGAAAAACUUGUAAUGACACAUCCGAGGCAGAAGCAAAUGCGUUGAAACAAAUGCUGUUCUCCAUAACUCCUGCAGCAGGAAUAUUAAUACUGUGUAUCAUCGUCAUUGUUAUUGUGUUUUCCUGCUUGAGGAGGUCAGGUGUCAGUACGAAGGAGGCCCAAGAUGUCAACAAUUUGGCGGACAUUUCGUUGGAGAACACUCAAAGAAUGGAUGAUAAAUCUACGCAAGAUGAUAGUAUCAACAAAGAGGGUGAAAAGAAAAAGAAGAAGAGCAAAGAGAAUGGAAAAGGUCAGCACACAAAAUCUGACAAGACGCCAAGUAAGGCAAACAAAAAAUCAAAAGCAGGAAAAUUGGAAAAUGGGGAAGUUGUAUCCAAGGGCAAACCGAAAAAGAAGCGCAAAGAUCUUCUAGCUGGUGAAGAUGAUUCAAAACCCAGUGACGUCGAACAAGACAAUUUGAUGUCGAAAGAAGAUGACAAGAUUGCUGAAAAUAAUGACAAAACAGACAAGAAGGAGAGAAAGCACAAAGAGAAAAAGAAAACAGAGAUGGACGAUGAGAAAAAGAACAAGGAAAGGAAGCACAAAUCAGAGAGAGGUAAGAAAGAUAACAAUGAGAAAGAGAAAAGACGACCAAGAAAAGGAGAAGGAGAUAUUGAGAAAAAGCACAAAAGGAGAGGCAAAUCAAAAGGCAAUGAACCCGGAAGUAAAGAACUUCAUGGAGAAAAGAAGCAUCGCAAACACCGGGAGAAGGGCAAAAAAUCGAAGACAACUGAACAAUCGCCAAAAACCGAAAUUAAGGAUCCCGUUGAUAGUGAUGAGGAAGAUAAUUCAGCAAAUAUUCCUAAUGAAAUUGAUGACGAUAACUUUCCGGUAAACGAACAAAUGAAUACCCCAGAAGCAAAUCAAUCAUCAUCAGUAUUGAAUAGUCCAAUAUUAAAGGACAGAACUUCUUCACCUAAUUUCGAUUUAAAAGAAGAAAGUUCUGGAAACGAGGAACAUGCUGCUGAAAAUACGAAUUACCAAGAAACUCAUUCUCCGCGAGAACAAAUAACUGAAUUAUCGGAACGAAAUAACAUUCCAAAUUAUCAUCAAGAUCUACCCAUCAAAACAAUAUCUCCAAGAGAAAGAAUCGGACGAGAACAAAGACGUCAUCAUUCCCAGCAACCGCAAAAGGGACCAGAUGAUCCAAAUUAUCAUCAGCAUCACGGGAGGUUUCCUUUUAAUCAUGAUUACGUCAAAGGCCUUCAAUUCGAAGAUCAGCAUUUGUCUCAAGGUGGCGCCCCGGAACACAUCGCAACUAGUCAACGAUUACCUGUAAAAUGAUUCCUAUCCUGCG